AUGGAUAUCAAAAACGGUAGCGUCACUGAUAUUUUAUCCAAGGCCAAUGCAAGGAUUCUGUUCUGUGCAUUGGAUGCGAUCGAUGGUCCGAAAAUAAUUGUGUGGGAUCCAACUCUUAUCAAACAAUUCAACUUAGUGACAACAACAGAACAAUUGAAACAGCACAAGGUUGUAUCUAUGCUGCAGCUAGAUUUUUCGCCAAGGGUACCACAAGUGGAACAUAACCAUAUCGUUUAUAUUUUAUCGACAUCUAAUUCAUCUGUAAUCAAUAAGUUAAUUGCAUGCCUCAAACACGCUAGAUCCGUUAAUGAUAGUCGUCAGCACCACGCUUUGGUAGUCCCAGAAGCCUCAUUCAUGAUUCGGGAUACGUUAAAACAGGACCGAGAAGCAAGCUCAGUCUUGAAAACACUUGAAUCACUGCCAUUGAGGCUUUUUCCACUCUACAGUGAUUUUCUCACUCUUCUUAUGGAUAAUUUGCCGUCAAAACUUCUUUUAGAUAGCGAUUGGACAGAAUUGCAAAAAUGCGCUUCAGCCGUAAGACAGCUUGAACUUUUAGUGGACUGUUUGCCCAACUUAAGGUGCAAAGGAAAAUGGGCGGCGCAGAUAGUUGAAAUUGUGAAGAAAAUGAGAACUCAGGAGGAAAUGGAGUCUUUGUCGGGGCAUAAUGAUUUUCAAAUAUCGGAUAUUAUCUUAAUCGAUAGAUGGAUUGAUCCUUUGACGCCUAUGCUGAUACAGUUAACAUACGCUGGUUUAGUUGAUGAAAUAUUUGAUAUGGGUGCCACAGGUAACAUUAAGACAUCAAAAAUAAGGAACGCAAGUGAUUCAGCUGAUGCUGCUAGUGAAAUACCCUUGCAUGACCCACUUUUUAAACUGAUCCGAGAUCUUCAUAUCAAAGACGUUGGAAAGCAAAUAGGAGAAACGCUAGUAAUGCUUCGUGACGAACGUGUGAGAUUAAAAGAAAAUCCACCGAGUGAUUCGUUAGCAGAAAGCAAAGUUUUUGUUCGCAGACUGCUUGACAUGCAAGGAAGCGAAAAACAUGCCGAUACUCAUACACUGAUUGCCGAACAUUUGAUGAGCUUUAUUCGUGAUGAUUUGCGGUACUCCACCUUUCCAAAAUUAGCAAUUGAUAUUGUACAAGGAGAAUAUGGUGACCGAGUAAUUCCGCAGCUUGAGAAUCUUAUUCUAGAAGCAUACAAUCCUUUAAUUGUUUUGCGUUUCAUCUCACUUCAAUGUAUGGUUACUGGUGGUUUCAAGAAUGCUACCAUUAGUACUUAUGAGAGACUUUUUAUCCAGAGCUAUGGUGGAUAUUACAUAUCAUUGUGGAUAAAACUGCAAGUAACUGGACUUUUGUGGGAAAGAAAUAGCAAAAUAAAAUGCGAAUAUGCUCCAUUUGAUUUCCAAACAGCAUGUCACCGGAUGUCAUGCUUUGUCGAUGAAGAGCACAGUGCAUACGGAACUACGGCAUAUCCGUAUAAUGGUUACGUACCUUUAAUUGUUCGGUAUAUCGAAACGGGUAUACGAAACAAUUGGCGAGAUUGGACAACGAUUCAGAGCGAUGAUCAUUCAACAAUGAGUCACGGCACUUAUUCCAUCAUUUUCAUUAUUGGCGGUGUUACACAGGCUGAGUUGGCAUGCCUUAGGAAAAUACGUUUUUCAAAUAAAUUGUUAAUUGUUUCAAGUGCAAUAAUAACGGGCAAUAAAUUGAUUAACUCAAUACAAAAUAGUUGA